GGCAACAACUUUCACAGCAGUGAGUGUCGCGACUGUUAUGUUAGACUGUGCUACAAUGGUGGUUGUUUUGAAAUAUUCUAUCGUCUUGCUCAGGACUGAAGUCUGUGGUCCUCGGUUACAGUCGUCUUUGUAUUUGUUUCAUAUUUACACACUACUCAUCUUCAUUAUAAACAGAUUUUUUUUCCUUUAAAUUCAUAAGGUUCACCGUGGGAUUGAAGAGAUUUCCUGCUGAAAAAUGUCCACAAUUAAUUGUAAGAAUAUUCAACACAACAGAUUGACGUUGAAAUACUCCUGCAAGUUCCCCAGCUGUUCAUCUGACAAUUACGUGGGUUCAACGGAAGAAAUUUGCAACAAGCAUUUCUACAGGUUUCCAAAACAACCUCAAGAGUUGAUUCUAAAGUGGAAGAGUGUUUGUAAACUGUCACCAGGUGUGAACUGUGCUUCUUAUUUUGUUUGUGAAGAUCAUUUUUUCGAAGAAGAUUUUAUGAAUAAAACUAGGCAUAGGCUAAACAGGCGUGUGUUUCCAAAACAUGUGACAGGUGUUCCUUGUGAAAUUGCCAAAAUAGGUAGUGAAUCAGGUGACACUGUUAUUAAUAGUGAAUUGGGCCUACCAAGCACUAGUGGUGCUAUGGCAACUGUUCAUUUUACAGCUGCUAAUACCAGAAGUGAAACUGGUGUUAAUGAACUACAAAGCCUUAGUUGUGCUGUGGCAAGUAGUCCUCAUGUAGGUGUUUGUACCAGAAGUGGAUCAGGUGAAACUGGUGUUAAUAGUGAAUUAGACUUACCAAGCACUGGUGGUACCAUGGAAAAUCUUUAUUAUACAGGUGCCAAUACCAGGGGUGAAACUGGUGUUAGAGAAUUACCUAGCACUAGUUGUGCUGAGCAGAGUAAUUCAUUGAGUGAUGCACCUCUUAAAUUUUUUAUCUCCCUUCAAAAUGAAUCUGCAGAUAGUGAGUACACAUUCUUAUCUGAAACAUUUGGUAAUGAGGAAAUCAAAAAUGUACAAGAUUCAUAGGAAUACUCUAACAAGGCUAUUAAAACUAAAAGCAAAGCUACAUAAUGAAAAAUCAGAACAGAAAGCACUUAAAGAUUUAUAUGACAGCAAUACUUUCUCUUUCACAGAAUCUAUUUUAAACUCUGUUACCAAAGAUUUCAUAAACAGCCAAUUACAAAAUGCUCAUCGAUCAGCAAAUGCAAGGCGAUGGACACCCGAGGACAAAGUAUUUGCGUUAUCCUUAUAAAAACGAAGUCCCCGCGUAUACAAAUUUUUGUCAGUUCAUUUUUAUCUUCCUUCUUUGAGGCAUCUGAAAUGUCUGUUGUCUUCUAUACCUUUUGAACUAGGAUUGAAUACUUCGGUCAUGAAAGUAAUGAAAGCAGAAGUUGAAGUAAUGAACAACAGUGAUAAAUAUUAUGCUUUGUUGUUUGAUGAAAUGUCUUCAGAAAGAGGGUUGUAUUAUAA